UUGCAAGAAGGGAUAUUUUCUGCCGGUUUUCCCUGGAAAAAUCAGCAAAAAAGUGAACAAAAAGCGUUUCAGGUGUUCGUGAGAACGUGAAUCUUCUGAACAGUGUGCAGAAAUUGUGAAUUUUCACACGUUUUCUCUGGUUUGGGGGUGAUUUUCUGGAUUUUUCACAUUGCCACUCCGCUCAGGACUCCUGCGGAAAUCGAUGCCAAUGCAUUAUUGGCCUUGAAGUGGGUGAAUUGGCGAGGGAAAAAGGCGCCCCACGGUGGUUGUGACCAGGCAAGAGCGAGAGAAGGGCGCCAGGUGGGAUUAGUGAGCGACAUACAGCUUCGCGAGGGUGGCCGUGGAACUAUGGCGCUACUUUUAUCAGCCUAAUUACACCUCUCUCUUUCACCCACCAAAGCCCGUCAGGAGAGUGCGCCCCCGCUGCGAGGGCGGCUGUAGUGACUUGUGAGUGAAUCACAUAGGAAUUUCUGCCCGGAAAGAGAAUGAAAAGUGCUUGAGGAAAUUCCCUGGAAAGUUGCGAAGAGUGAUUGUGAGAAUUUUCUCCCAGAAAAGAAUUCAAGAAUAUAACUUCGUGGGGUGGAGAAACCACCCAGAAUAUUUUCCCAUAAUUGUGAAAAAGAGUGUCUCCCAAGAGAGGCGUGCAAAUGACGAAGGAGUGUUCAAUAGGCACCAGUGCGAGAGAGUGAAAAAUGUUGUGUAAAUUUCCCAAUUAGUCUGUGACGUGUUUUAUGUGCAAGAACGCAAAAGGACAUCCCCCAAAAUGGAUACAGCCAUCUAUAGAGUCGCUCUGCUGGCGCUCCUCGCGGUCACGCUGCUACCUCAAGUUGCACCGGAUCAAGAUGAAGACAUUCCCCACAAUGAAGUACGGAAUUGGGCACUAAAGUUCGGCGUGGACCUGUGGGAGUUUGGCAGGCAAUUUACCAAGAUGAACGACAUCAAAAUGAGAUAUAAAGACUCUGACGUUGACGUAGUGAGAAAGGAUGGAAUUUUACUACUACGGGAAAUGGCAGCUGAAGUUAAGAAUUUCAUGGAUUUCAAAAUGAAUGCAGUCAUGAGAAUAAUGGACUCGGCAGAACAGGCUGCCCUGUCCUCGGAGACCGACCAGGAGCCGCAGGCUCAAACCCAGAUCCACAAUGCAGCGAAUGGCUUCUACGACUCGCGUCACUUGAACGAGUACGCGUCCAAUGGGCGGCUCGUGGAGGGAGCCAAGGAGAUGCUUUUGCGGCCAAUGCGGCGCUUCGAGAGACUUCCCGUCAACUUGACUCUCAGCUCCAUUCUCGUGCCGCCGGGCAUUGAUGUUAAUGAUGCUGACGUGCAAGCUUCCAUUGCCUGGUCCUCGCAUCUGGAUCCACUCUUCGCUAAUAAUAUGGAAAGGGAUCCUGCGCUCUCGUGGCAGUAUUUUGGAUCGAGCAAAGGCUUCCUCAGGCGCUUUCCCGGCACCGCUUGGCCGCCUGAUGGACAAAAGAUGGACAAGGACAUCAAUGACUUCCGCACGGAAAACUGGUUCGUGCAAGCUGCAUCAUCGCCCAAGGAUAUUUUUAUCCUUGUGGAUGGCUCAAAGUCAAUGUGCAGCUCCAGCAAUCACCACUUGGCUUCGGCCACGGUUGGAGCAAUUCUGGACACUCUUGGUGACGAUGACUAUGUGAAUGUGGUGACAUUCACGGACUCAGCCAAGGCUCUUGUGCACUGCUUCAGCGACAAAAUGGUGAGAGCCACGCCGGACAAUAUCAAAGAGCUGAAAGUUGCGGUCGACAGUAUGGAAUGCGAAGGUUCGGGCAAUUUCACGGCGGGUCUUGAAAUGGCCUUUCAAGUUCUACAUCACUACAACCAAUCUGGACAAGGAAGUCAAUGCAAUCAGGCCAUUAUGUUGGUGACCACAGGCACUUCGGAGACACACGACGAUAUUAUUCGGCACUAUAAUUGGCCCCACAUGCCCGUGAGACUGUUCACCUACCUCGUCGGCAGCGGCGACUCCAGCUCCAGGGAAGCGCUGCACACAAUGGCGUGCGGCAACAAGGGCUACUACGUGCAGAUCAGCAGCGAGGAGGAGGCCAGGCGGCUGGUGCUGGAGUACGCGCUCGUCAUGGCGCGCCCGAUGGUGCUCUACCAGGCCGACCAUCCAGUGCACUGGAGUCCCGUGUUCAUUGGCGGUCGCAGCGCCGUCCUGGGCAGAGAUAGCGAGAACCGCCGACGUCUGGUGACAGCCGUGACGACGCCCGUCUUCGACAGACGGAAUCACUCACAGCGCGUGGCCAAUCUGCUCGGCGUUGUGGGCACUGAUGUGCCCAUCGAGGAGAUCCAGAAGAUGAUUCCCCAGCACAAGCUUGGCGUCAAUGGCUAUUCAUUCAUUGUGGACAACAAUGGUCGAAUUCUCUAUCAUCCCGAUUUGAGACCACUGAGUGACGGCUCGCAGUACAAUAGAAGAUUAAAACCAAAGUACACUUCCGUCGAUUUAACUGAAGUGGAACUACCUGAGAUCGAUACAUCCGGCAAUGGCGAACGAGAGAGUGAGAACACAAACUUGUUGCUCGAUAUGCGCCAGGAGCUUGUGUCCCAGAAAGAGGGUGAAUCGGAAUUUGAAGUGCUGCAGCAUUUGGACAUCAUGAAGCGAAUUUCACUUCGUUCACUGAGGUACUUCUAUGGUCCUAUUGACGGUACACCCUUUUCGCUGGCGCUCGCAUUGCCGGAAAAGUAUGGGAUGCACGAAUUGAAUGCCCAACAAGAGAUUCGCCACUCUCACAUUAAUGUGACUGAGUAUUUCAAAGGUAACAGCUGGAAGGUCCAUCCAGACUGGGUUUACUGUGAGUAUAACAAUAUCAAUGAUUUGGAGCGCGAGCGAGAGAAUUCCGGGGAUUCGUUCUCACACGAGGAGACCUUUGAGACACCCGAAGAUCAAGUGUUGCACUUUCUGGCCAGAGCUGGGCGCCCAGGAUGGAAGUGGAUGUCGGUGAGACCACGAUCUCCACAGCCCCACCACGGGCACGGGGGCAUUCCAGUUGGCCACUACUCGCAGCACUUCAAUUCCGGUCAGGGCUCGCGCAAGGCUGAGCCCUAUUUCUGCGACCGGACCCUGAUUCAGAGUCUCGUGCGUGAUGCAAUUGUCACUGAUGGAUUGGACAGGGGACCCACUCAUCCCACGCGCAAGGAGGACAAACACCCAAUCGCCACGUUGAUGGCUUUGCUGCACAGACAAGGAUACCAAAUGUUCGGCGUAACGGUGUCGUUUGUGGCGACGCGGUCAGGACUCUUGCGCUGGGUCGAUCACAUUCCCCAUCCUCCAGACUCGCCGGAACCGCAUUUCAGCGAAUCCAACACCCGAGCGAUGGACAUGACAUGGUACAAGAGAGCUGUGGAUCAGCACGCCAUUGAGCCAGACAGUUUCGUUUUCAGUGUGCCCUUUGACUCGGGCUACACGGGCAAAAGCAACGCCACUCUCGUUACGGCCGCACACGCCAUCUUCAUUGACCACAGAGGCCACAAAGCGCCGGCCGCGGUUGUGGGGCUUCAAUUCCAGCACGAUUCUCUCGCCAGACACUUCAUCAACAUCACAUCGGCGUGCACCGCAAGUGGUUGCAGGAAGACCUGCGCCUCGGAUGAGCUCGAUUGCUAUCUGCUGGACAACCAUGGCUUUGUGCUACUCUCCGAGGACUCCGAGCACACUGGGCGGUUCUUCGGGCAAAUUGACGGUACCAUAAUGGACUCCCUCGUGCAGGAUCGCAUCUAUAGAAGAGUGCCGCUGAUGGACUAUCAAGGAGCGUGCUCGGACAGCGACAGCUCCUUUGCCGCUGCCGGGCAGAAAGUGAAGCCCCCAAAGCCUUUGUCCUGGCUCCUCGAUUAUGGCAUGUCUUUGGCCGUGUCGUGGCUCUCGUUGAUGCCAGCGCCGAUCUCCGCUUGGUCCAGAGCGCGCUACGGACCUGAGUACACGGACCAGGAUGAGGACGAUAUCGACGACAUAAACUACUCUGACGACUACGACACAAACUUUGACUAUCCGCCCAUUAGCAAUGACUACGUAACAGCACCGGAAAUUCAGAUCUUCGAGAGACCAACUCAGCCACCACCAAGGCCUGUAACUCCACCACCUGGACCGCGGGUCAUUCCCGACCCAAAUCAUGCCAGACCAUGUGACCUGAAAACGGAUCUGUACAUCCUGCAGCCGGACAGGCUGAAUUCGAGCGGGCAGAGCAAUCCACUGAAGGGGAAGCUGACGAACUGCCACUCAUCGGGCUGUGAGAGGCCGUUCAGUGUGCAGAAGAUCCCGCACAGCAACCUCAUUCUGCUGGUCGUGGACACGCUGUGUCCGUGCGGCUCAAAACAGCUGGACAUCGAGCCGCAGGAAGUCACUGGAGGACGUGGCGCUUGUGGGACGAGGCGCCAGGCAAAGGAGAAUCUGCCGCGAAAGCGACCGCAGAAGUGUAUAAAUUACCAUCCGGAAGAGACGGAGAUUCAACAGUGCGGUCGCGCCACGAGGCAAGCCAUUAAUGCGUCCCUCCUGUCCACCAUCUUCACGUUCACCCUGCUGUGGACCGUGACACACGUGUGAUUCCACGAACUCGCGACAACUCCACGGACAUACACUUAAUGGGUGAUUGAGGACUACUUACUGAGCAUCUCGCGGGAGGCACAGGCACAAAAAUCACGAACGGGUUCUAUUUAAUUUUACUACCGAAUACAUCGAUGGUAAGAGUUUAAUUAAUCUUAACGUAAUUGAUAAAAAGUUGGAGAUAAAAGGCAUAAAAGCAAAAACUGAAGGAGAAAGAAUACCAGUCACACACUAAGAUAUAAUCGUUAAGGAAGAAUUAUAAGUGAAAGUAAGUUAUUUAAAGUACAGAUAAAUUUAAAAGAAGAAGAAAAAAAAUGUGGUACCUUUAUUGUAUGACUGACUGUCUACUAUUUACAUUAAUUAAAUGAUGACAUAAAUUGAUGAACAAUAAAAUCGUGUGAAUGACUUAAAUUAAUUAUACAUUUUCAAUUAUAUUGACGCAUGAAAGUGGCGUGCAACAAAAAGAGAAACACGAAGAUCAAUUGUGCAGAAAAAUGUGUGGUCAAGCACAAGAUGCUUUUUUUGUAAACUUGCGAAAACAGAGUUAAUUAAUUUGUGAGACAAUAAAGAAUGCAAAGGCAAAGGAAACAAUUAAAGAAAAAAAAUUAAACACUUUUAUUAAGGAGGUGGAAAAGAAAUUGAAGAGACUUUCUUCAGUGGAAAAAAUUAGUAGAAAUUAAAUUUCUAAAUAAUUCUCUAAGUUAAAAUGGUGGGUUUGGGAAUUGUAAGUUUAUUAAUAUAUUAACUAAAAAAAAUUUACAUUUUAUUGGUAUGUUUGCACUGUAUAAAAUGUACCCCAAAAAUAUAAGUAUGAAAAAUGAGAUAAGAAAUCGCAACAUUUCUAUAGAACAUGUUUAAUAUGAUAAAAUGUAAUGAAAAUUUAGUGAGAAAUUGAGUUUAGUCCAAUUCGUCGCAGCGAUAAGUAUUUGUAUACAUCUGAUUUUCCCAAGAAAAGUCGAAGAAAAUGAAAUUCUACUUGAAAAACCUAAGGAGAAUGAUAGUAAGAGAAAUAUGUUUAAAAAAUACAGGGCUUAAUAUUGGAGUAAAUAAGGUAAGAGGCAAAUUGAAAAAAAUGAAGCAAAAAUCUCUUAUAUUUAGUGACGCACACAAAAUUAUAUCGAUUGGACAGUAAAAUGAGAAAAUAAACAAUUUAGCAUGGCGAUAAAAAUCCACACAAGAGAUACGAUCCUGUAUGGCAAUUUUGAGACAUUAAAAUGAAAUCUUUGAGGACACGAACAAAUUGUUACUGUAAAUAAAUCUUUGAAGAUGACAAGAGAGCAGAAUAAUGUUAAGAGGAUAAGGAAAUAUAGUGAAAAUUGAGCAAAAUGAUGUAGUCAAUGCGCAAAGGCAGCAAUUUGAUGACUGAAAAUGCAACUGAAAAGAUGUGUUUUUAGUAUGAGAAAUUGCGUGCUUUCGUUUUGCUAAAUCAACACACUGUACAGAGUCUUCCAUUAAAGUAAAGGGAGGUGAAAGGAUAUUAGAAAGGAUAAAAAAUGAGAGAUAUUAUUGAUUUAAACUUACUUAUAUAUUUGAGAGAGAAAAAAUUAGAGAUCAUUAAUUCUUAUUGAGAAAAUUUCUAAACAAAAAGAGAAGAAGGAACUUGAAGUAAAGGCGCGUCAGUUAAAUAGAGCGAAAGAGGAGCAGAAAGGCAAACAAUUUACAUUAUACAGAUUAUACUAUUGCUAUUAUACAAUAUUACCAAUUAUACAUAUUUACAAUACAUAUUAAAAAGAAUGGAAAACUCACAUAACAGAUCACUAUAUACAAUUGAAGGAAAAAAACAGAUUUAAUUCCACUAUAUGUACUUUUAUUACCUUAAAUUGCAAAAGAAGAAAACCAGAAUAUCAAAGAAAUGUAUUUGCACUCUGUAAUUUUUCAAUUCAUUAGUUUUUUCAAAGAAUAUUUUUAUUACAAAAGAGUAUAAAUAAAACACUUCAGAAAGCACCUGGUUUAAAGAAUGUAUUUAUAAGAACGGAAAAAUAGUCACUAACACUUUGAAUCUUGCACAAAAGAACACAUUUUGAUUAAGGAUCAUUUCUGAUAAAGCGAUAGGUUGGAUGAGGUUAUAUAUAACAAUUUUCAAUCCAGAACAGCGAGAAAACAGAGAAUGACAAAAUUCUCUAAAAAUUACACUUCCCAGACACACAACUUAGAUAGAAAUUCAAUAUUGAAGGAAAGUAAUCAGUAUUCUAAUGCGUAAUUAUAUUGAACGAAGAGGAAA